GACCCCAUUAUAUCCAUGGCGAAGGACCCAGACUUGAACAAAGAAAAAGGUAAGACGGACGCGCUAAUACACAUCAUCAGCGGGUUCCCCCUCACUGAAAAGCGGGUGUCGCGAUACUGCACGCUCUCGUUCCAAGUUUUGCGUGACCUCGAGAAAAUCGAGUUGAAAACACGGAGCUGGCAGUUCAUGUCACUCGAAAUCAACAGCGAGCAGCACUUUGAGAGCGCCGCGUCGCCCGUAAAGAACUUCAACACGCAAGUGGCCGCGAAGGUCACCCAGACGUGUGUGGAGAUCCACAAGCUUCUCAGCCAGAUCUCGGGCGAGAUAGACAUGGCCACAAGGGUGAUCCAGACGUUCACACCGUCAGAGUAUAUCAGCGACUCGGGCACGCUCUUGACGGAGCUCACGCUUCGUAAUAUCAAGUUGAAGAGCGAGUUGAACGAAAAGGUGUCGAUCACGUACUCCAAGGCCCGAUUGAUCAACAUAGGCUCGCAACUCGAACGGCUCAUGACCGAGAGUGUCGAGGACGAAGCUAGUCGGUCGUAUGAUGACGUUAGCGCCAACACCAUCCGCUCGUACAAGUCUUUUGUGGCGUCAUUGUUGAAGCAAUUGAACAACGCCGUUUCCUCAGGCGACCAGACAGGGACGACCGAGUGUAUUGCCGUGAUUAAUGAUGUCGAAAAGAUGUUUGAGGCGAUUCCCAGGGAAAAAGAUCUUGGAUCCUCAGAUAUGGUCUUUUCUGAAUUGGAAGACUCACAGUACAUUCCGCCAAGCUCCAAGUCGAGCUCUCCGCCGGACUCUGAGAAGUACCGCUACCAUUCUACUGGCCGCCGUAACUCCAUUUCCUCGCUAACAACCUCCACAACAUUAAACCGUACCACGAUCACUGAGGAGUUGCCGUACUUGAUGAACGCGUUCGAUGAUGCAAAACAGGUGGAGGAGGAUGUCAAAAAGGUGCAGCUUGCAAACGAAGAAGAGGAGGUCGGGACAAAAAAGGGCGGGACAAAUGCCAGAAACAGCAGCACUGAGACCUACGAAAAGACUGAAUCGCAGACCCUCCACAACCCGGCCUUUUCCCUGACCAAUUCGCUCUACUCCGUGUCGCAAAUGAUCAAGCCGUUGCCUUUGAACAAUUAUUUGGUUGACAACAAUCGGUCGUUCUUGGGGCGCAUGGGCAUCAAGCCACAGGUGGUGACCGCCCAGUUU